GUAGGGCUUACGUGGGAAUUGAUUAGGAGUCAUAUAUAUUACCCUGAUCUUGCUUGAUUACUUUUAAAACAGUAAAAAUGUCAACGCAACAGCAGCAACUUGACUUCAUUGAACGCCACCUGGUGUUCAAAAUAUUCAAGGACUUUGGUCCUCGUGCUUCGCUGGACUCGCACAAAGUGGAGUGCUCUACUGGACUGGAUGGCUUCAUGUCCGCUUUGUACACCCUGAAAUUGGAUCUGAUAAUUGAAGAUCGCGUUAAAACCGAGGUGAUUCUGAUCAAGUUCAUGAAGGGCACAGAGGAAUUUCGGGAAAAUAGCAAUUCGUACAUCCAGUUUGCCAAUGAAAUUUUCGCCUAUGCUGAGAUCCUUCCUGCCUAUGAAAAUGUCCUAAGGAUAAGUCACCUGGAGGUGGAUCUGGUAACAAACUGGGUGCCAAAAUGUUACUUUGCCAAGUUCGGUCAGGUUGAAGGCCUUGGCAACAGUCGCGAAUCCGUACUAGCCUUAAAACACUUGAAAGGAGAUGGAUACCAAUUGGGUCCCAGGCUCACUCUUCGCCGGGAUCAGCUUGAGGCCAUGGUGGGCCUGGUGGGUCCGUUCCAUGCCCUUGGUUAUGCCACAAAGAUACUGCAGCCGCAGGUUUAUAAUCGCUUGCGAGCCGGCAUAGUGGACAUGCCCUUUGUUUCCAGUUCGGGAAAGGCCAUCUUUGAUGUCCUCUAUCGCGUGGCCUUCGAUCGAUUCUACGAGUUCUACGACCGACAGAAGGAGCAGUUGCUCAAGGAUUCAGAUGCUGGAUUUGGUGAUGCCAUUGAGCGACUCCGAGAGAAGUACUUUGAGAACCCAACGCAGCUCCUGGAGUGGAUUCGCACCGCUUCCAGGGCUGACGAUCAGCCAGAUAACCACUUUGCCACAUUCCUGCACGGUGAUUACAACCGGAACAAUGUGCUUUUCCACUAUGGAGACGAUGACAAGGUAGAUGGCAUCAAAGCAAUAGAUUUUCAAGAGCUGCGAUUCAGUACCACGGCCAUCGACCUUAGUUUCUUUAUGUACAUGAACACUCCAUCGGAAGGAAGAGAUGAGAUUUAUGCGGAUCUCCUAAAGAAGUACCACACACAUAUGAUUAAUACGCUGGAACUGGUGCUGCGCCGCAACCCUGAUGAGCUAAGCGAUGAUCGGGUAAAUGAACUGCUGAAUGAAUACAGCUUUGAGCGUUUCAAUGCCCAUUUCAAGCGCUUCGCUUUCUACGGGGCAUUGGUUUGCAUGCACUUCUUGCCCUGGUUGCUGGGCAAUGAAAAGGAUUGCGCCAGAUUGUCCCACCUCUUCGAUACGGAUAUGCAUGGUUCGGACUUCCAUAAGUUGUCCAUGGAAAUUGCUGGCGAUGAGGCGAACUUGGAGAUCUUUAAGACUGUGCGUCACGCCUACGAACACGGCUACAUGGACGAGAUUUAGUAAUAUUUACAGUGCAAUUAUCAGUAUGUUCAAAGUUCAAUUCAAAUAUAAUUUGAAACUUUAA